AUGGUCAACAUUCCAAAGACCCGACGUACCUAUUGUAAAGGAAAGACUUGCAAGAAACACACUCCUCAUAAGGUCACCCAGUACAAGACUGGUAAGGCAUCUUUGAGUGCACAGGGUAAACGUCGUUAUGAUCGUAAACAAUCCGGUUACGGAGGACAGACUAAGCCUGUUUUCCACAAGAAAGCCAAGACUACCAAAAAGGUCGUUCUUAGAUUAGAAUGUACAGUUUGCAAAUACAAAAUGCAACUUGCCUUAAAACGAUGCAAACACUUUGAACUUGGUGGUGAUAAGAAGACAAAGGGUGCAGCACUUGUGUUUUAG